AUGGGCUUCGAACACAUCUCCAACGAGCAUGAUGCCGACAAGGUAACCGGGAUGGAAGGCGGGAAGGCUCCGGCCGCUUUGCCGCCGUUUGAGAAAGACAUGCUCGGGGAGAUGACUGAUGCCGAGAGGAAUAUCUAUAAUCACGGUAUUCAGAAGUUCAAUCGUCUCGGCUGGAAGCGCCUCACCAUCGUCCUCAUCGUCGAAGCUAUUGCCCUCGGCAGUUUGUCCAUUCCUUCCACUUUUGCAACUCUUGGCAUGGUCCCCGGUGUGAUCUGCUGCGUCGGUAUCGGUCUCAUUGCCAUCUAUACCAGUUACCUUGUUGGCAUGGUCAAAUUGGCCUUUCCUGAGGUUGCCAACUAUGCCGAUGCGGGUCGGUUGUUGGGCCGCCGCCUGGGGUGUGGUCGUUUUGCAUAUGAGCUUGUCAAUGCGAUGCUGUGUCUCCAACUGAUAUUCCUCACGGCUUCGCACACUCUGACAGGAACCAUUGCGUUCCUCGACAUCACCAAGGCCAACGUUUGCUCUAUCGUUUUUGCCGUCGUGUCCGCCAUCAUCCUUCUGAUCGUUGCCAUCCCGCCAAGUUUCACCGAAGUGGCUAUUCUCGGCUACGUGGAUUUCGUAUCUAUCAUCGCCGCCAUUGGAAUUACUAUCAUCGGUACGGGAGUGCAGGCAACGAACUCACCGGGAGGGCUCUCCGAAGUCCCGUGGUCUGCGUGGCCCAAGGAUAACAUCACCUUCACCGAAGCCUUCAUCGCUGUGACCAACAUCGUCUUUGCUUACAGCUUUGCCAUGUGUCAGUUCUCCUUCAUGGACGAAAUGCACACCCCUCGGGACUUUAUCAAGUCCAUCUGGACGCUCGGCAUCACCGAGAUUACCAUCUACACACUCACCGGUGCUCUGAUCUACGCCUUCGUUGGACAAGACGUAUCCAGCCCUGCUCUCACCUCUGCAGGAGAUACCCUCAGCCGCGUUGCAUACGGAAUUGCCCUGCCCGUAAUCUUCAUCAGUGGUUCGAUCAAUACCGUAGUCUUCGGGCGUGUGGUCCACGGUCGCAUCUUCGCCAACUCUACCAUCCGCUUCAUCAACACGAAGAUGGGAUGGCUAACGUGGCUGGCAGUGAUCACCGCUGCCACUGUGGUGGCCUUCAUCAUUGCCGAGGUGAUCCCUUUCUUCAAUGAUCUGCUUUCCAUCUCUUCCGCGCUUUUCAUCUCCGGUUUCACCUUCUACUUCCCGGCCAUGUUCUGGUUUAUGCUCCUUCGCGAGGGUAGUUGGAAGGAGCCCAAGAACAUCGCCCUGGCCAUUGUCAACGGCCUGAUCUUUGUGAUCGGCAUUGUGGUACUUGUCGGAGGAACCUACUCCAGUAUCGACGACAUUAUCAUCAAGUACGACCAAGGAAAGGUUGGUGGAGUGUUCUCUUGCUCUCCUCCUUGA